AUUUCACUCUCUCUUAGUCUUACCCACAUUCUCAAUCCUUCUUCCCAGUCCACGCUUACCACCGCAGCAAAAGCGCACGAUCCGAUACACUUGACGAUGGAAGCCGCAGCCGACGAAGAUCGUCAAGCCACGCCCUCCUCCGCCGUCAUGGCCGCCCUCGCCACCCUCUCUCCGCCCCAGCUCUCCGCCCUCACCGACUCCGUCCUCGCCGACCUCCACCACCACCACCGCCGCGUCUCCGCCCUCCUCUCCUCCCCUUCCCUCUUCUCCCUCGCCCUCCGCCACCUCCUCUCCCUCCCGCUCCCCCUCAAGUCCCUCCUCAUCGCCCGCCACCUCCUCUCCUCCCUCCGCCUCCUCUCCCGCCACCUCCCCCUCCUCCCCGGUCUCCCCUCCCACGCGCCGCCCGAGCGCCGCCGCGACCGCGACGCGGCGACCCUGCUCCUCCUCCUCUGCGAGCUCCGCCACCGCGACCCCCGCGCCCUCGAGGACGCCGCCCCCUCCGAAUGGCGGUCCGUCCUCCGGCAGCACUGCUCCAAGGACCUCCUCUCGAUCGCCGGGAUCGGCGCCUUCAGCGGCGGGAUCCUAGCCCCCUACGUGGAGAUGGUGGUCCGGUGCCGAAACUUCGUGGAAGCGGUCGAGCGCUGCCUGGACGCCGGGGAGGGGAGGCGGCGGGUGGCGGCGUCGCCGGCGGCGGUGGUGGCGCUGCCGUCGGUGGAGGCGGCGGGGGGAGGGGAGUGCGCGGUGUGCAGGGAGGAGAUGGAGGGGGGCCGGGACGUGUGCGAGCUGCCGUGCCGGCACUCGUUCCACUGGAUGUGCAUACUGCCGUGGGUGAGGAAGACGAACACGUGUCCCUGCUGCCGGUUCGAGCUCCCGACGGACGACGUGUUCGGGGAGAUCCGACGGCUCUGGGACGUCCUGACGAAGAUCGGGAGUGGGUCCCACGACGCGAGGUCCACGUGGUCGCGCGACGAGUGUCGCAAUGCAUGUGGGUGAGGUGAGGUUGGGUUUUCUCAUCUGAUCAAUUUGUGGUAGAUAGGAGAUGUUAGCCUGUGGCUAAGGUUUGUACAUGGUACAACGAAAAUUUGAUGACCAUAGAUACUGGAAUAAGGUCCAACUAAGUCAAUAAUAGGAGGAAUAGAUCUUUCAUAAGGGAGAGAGGUCUACAAAUUUUUUGUUUUUGGCCAAGGAGGAACUAAAUAACCCCAGCCCACCGCGGCACCGACCGACAUUGGACGGCGAGGGCCGUAGCGACUUGGGGUUGAUAUGUUUCGACGGAUUGUCAAAAAGGACGACUUGAAUAGGGGUUAUUGAUGCAGGCCAUGAGUCCGAAGGUAACAUGGCGCAGUCGGCGCAUGAAAUGCUACUUUUUUUUUUUUUUGCAAUGGAGAUGAUGUAAGUGGUAUUAUGUUGGAAUGGUGUUUGUAGCAUCUCAUGCUUGAUUUCUUUCGACUUAGCAUUGCUUUGGUGAAAUUAUCUUGUCUGUCUGGUGCGCACAAUAAAAUGUAUCUUGACCAUUGAAUAUGGUGGGUUUCAUAGGA